CCUCACGUCUCCCUUGGCUUUGCUCAGCACRAUGGGCACAACUGAAAUUCCAUAAGCGAAGGCUCCCACUCUUCCCUCUCCCUGCUCCCAUCCACUGCARAAUGACUCUUCUCCACGGGACAGUUUUCCUUAGACCAGUCUUUUUGCCAUGGAGGCUGAAGAAACAAUGGAAUGCAUCCAGGAGUUCCCCGAGCACUACAAAGUUAUUUUGGAUAGACUGAACGAGCAGCGUGAGCAGGACCAGUUCACAGACAUCACUCUAAUUGUGGAUGGUCACCAUUUCAAAGCUCAUAAGGCAGUUCUUGCUGCCUGUAGCCAGUUCUUCUACAAGUUCUUUCAAGACUUCACUCAGGAGCCUUUGGUGGAGAUAGAAGGUGUAAGUAACAUGGCAUUUCGUCACCUAAUUGAGUUCACUUAUACAGCAAAACUAAUGGUGCAAGGUGAGGAAGAGGCAAAUGAUGUUUGGAAAGCAGCUGAGUAUCUACAGAUGUUAGAAGCAAUCAAAGCACUUGAAAUCAGGAACAAAGAAAAUGCAUCACCUCUGGAAUCAAAUCAAACACAAGAUAAAAAUAAACCGAAAAAGAGGAAGAUAGCUGAAACCUCUAAUGUUAUCACAGAAACGUUGCCAUCUGCAGAAUCAGAGCCUGUUGAAAUUGAGGUUGAGAUUGCUGAAGGGACAAUCGAAGUGGAAGAUGACAGCAUGGAAACAUUUGAAGAAGUGGCCUCUGCAGAGCAGUCCAUAAAGUACAUCCAGACUACUGGCACCUCGGACGAGUCGGCGUUGGCUCUCUUGGCAGAUAUCACCAGCAAGUAUCGUCACGGGGAGAGAAAAUGCCAGCUCCAAGAAGAAGGUGACAGUGCAACCGAUCCCUCGUGCAAACAGGUAGAAGGUAUUGAAAUUGUGGAACUUCAGCUGUCACACAUGAACAAUUUAUUCCACUGUGAGAAAUGUAACCGUUCGUUUAAAUUGUUUUACCAUUUUAAGGAGCACAUGAAAACACACUCUACUGAGAGUUACAAGUGUGACAUAUGCAAUAAAAGGUACCUACGAGAGAGUGCUUUGAAACAGCACCUCACCUGCUACCACCUCGAUGAAGGUGGCGCCAGCAAGAAGCAAAGACCUGGCAAAAAAAUACAUAUCUGCCAGUACUGUGAUAAACAGUUUGACCAUUUUGGACACUUUAAGGAGCACCUUCGGAAGCACACAGGUGAGAAACCAUUUGAAUGUCCCAACUGCCAUGAACGUUUUGCCAGGAAUAGCACCCUCAAAUGUCACUUGACGGCCUGUCAGUCCGGAGCUGGAGCUAAAAAGGGAAGAAAGAAGCUGUAUGAAUGUCAGGUGUGUAACAGCGUGUUUAACAGCUGGGAUCAAUUUAAAGAUCACUUGGUAAUACAUACGGGUGACAAACCCAACCACUGUACCUUAUGUGAUUUGUGGUUCAUGCAAGGCAGCGAGCUGAGAAGGCACCUCAAAGACAUACACAAUAUUUCAGAACGAAUAGUGCCAGAAGAAGUUCUUCCAGUGGAAGCCGUGGAAGCAGAACCAGUAACAUCAAUGACUAUAAUAGAACAAGUGGAGCAAGUCCACGUGCUGCCAGUAAUCCAAGUACAAGUGGAUCCUGCACAAGUAACUGUGGAGCAGAUGCACCAGGACCUCCUCCAGGACAAUCAAGUGAAAGGCACACAGAUAGACGAACUGCAGGAGCAGGUACAAAUCAGUUACUUGGAGGUUGAGCACAUUCAGACUGAACAAGGGGCUGAAGUUCAUGUGGAGCAAUUACAUGUUGAGCAUGUAAAUCAAAUACAGAUGGAAGAAGUACAGGCAGAACUUAUAGAUGGAACAGACCUUGAGCAAGUAGAAUAUGAAAGCGUUGAUCAGGGGGAAGCAGAAGAGAAGGAACCUAGUCCAGUAGAAGAUGCAGCAAAGGAAGAUCAUGAACAAGCUGAAGACUUAAAAACUCAACAGCUAGUAGAAACACAGCAUGAAAAGGUGGAUGACUAGGACAAAUUGCCACACUGUGCAGGUUUAGGAAUGAAAUACCAAAUUAUUUUUGUUAAUUUCUACACUGGUUUUUGCACCCAUCAGUGAUCAGCUUUUCAAUAUGCUGUCCAAGAAGCUGGACAAGCGGACCAAAGUUAAUUUUCUUCAUGUACAACUAAAUAUCUCUCAUACAUGAGAAGUAACUUUCCCAUUCAUGUAGCACCAAAAACAGGAACUACCACAGAGUUGGACAGCUUGUGAGGAAUCGAGUAAGAAAUUACCUGCAUCACUGUUCCACCAUGCCCAGGUAUAUAUUGACCUCUCCUCCUCUUGCCAUAGAAUCAAGCUCCCCUUAACAGAUUUGCAGGGUGUCUGCAGCAGAAGAAUUAAAACCUGGUGGGUUCUAAUGUAAAUGGCCAAUUGUUUAGCUGUGAAUUCUGUAGGCAAACAAUGGUGCUGUGUCCUGACAGUGAUCCUUGCUCUCCCUAUUAUCCGAGAUGCUUUCUGUCGAUUGGUACUUUGGAACUUCAGGCUGGGGAAAAUCAUGGMGGUCUGGAGCACAAAAACCCUGUGCCUUUUCAACAGUGACUGAUUAAACUUCCACAAAGCUCCUAAAGUGUUUAAGAGCCUAGUGCAGGUAAAGGCAAUGUAGGUAAUGUUAUAGUGCUUUAUAUUUUUGCUUAAAAUUGUCAGCUACUGAUUUUUUUUCUCCUUUUUUUUUUUCCUUUGCAUUCAGUUUAGAUUGGGAGGGGAAGGGGGUGUUGAGGGAGAGGAGAAAACAGAUUCCACAUGGAAGCAGUGGGACACUUUAAAAGGGACACUUUAAAAUAGGAAAAGCCCAGUAGAAUGUGGUAAACAUAAGCUGGAAACAAAAAGGACCUUACUACCAGACUCUUUUAUAAAUUUUUAAUUUUUAAAAAUGACUGUGUUUAAACAUAGAGAAGACUUGUCUAUAUGGUAUCAGGUUCCUGGGUUUUUUGAAAUGAAAUUCUGACACUUGACACAAAGAUCUUGUGCUAAAAAUAAAAGCCAUAGGUAUGAGUGUUUAAACUGUGGAUUAAAAAGUAGGAAUGUAAAUAUUUUAAUCAAUAUUAGACAAUAAAACAGUACCAACCAUGAAAUGUUGCAUUAUUUGCUUUAUCCAAUAAGUUGGGAAACAAUUGAGGAAAAUGGUUUACAAAGCAACUACRGUGCCAUGUCCCAGUGUUAGGAAUCAACUUCAUUUUGAUAAGAUAAUAGCUCGUUAUUGUAAGAUUAAGUUUGUUUAGUGACUGCUGAUCUGGUUGUAUUUUUGAAGAUGCUAAGAACUUCUAGUUUUCAAUUAUUGCCUUGAGAUUGGAGGUGCUUCAUACUUCCGAAAAACUUUUCUUUCCCUUAACUGGAGGGGGGGAAAUUAGGCAAGAGUUCUCUAAUGCUCUGGGUAAUCCUAUCUGUUAGGAUUACUAAUAGAUAUUAAUGAAAAUUGGGCUUUUCUACUCAGUCUUCUUCAAGUGCAGAUUUCCUCAGGCUUGUUCAAAUGUGUUUUUUUUUUUUUUUAUGUAGUCUCACUCAAAAUGAUUCUUGUGUUUUGUUAUACCAUCUGAGAAACUUUUGCACAACAUGGAUC